UAGACGAGAGCUUGCAGCAGACCACUCAGGAAGAGGACAGGAAGACGCAGCUCUUGGUAUACAAGUGGUUCAUAGCUGGUUUUCUGGAAGUCGCUGAGCAAGAUGUUGUGGGGCAACGUUGGCGGUCUCAUUAGCUCCAGUCUGAGCUUCAUUCUGGGGCUCACAGGAAUCCUUAGCGACUAUUGGCUGGUGAAUUUUGGCUCAGGCCUCUACCAUGAAGGCAUCUGGCAACGAUGUACCAAUAACGUCUGCACGAAAAUCACCGGGAGAGGGUAUAUUAACGCCACCAGCAGCCUGCUCAUAUUGUCCACCGCUCUGCUCCUGUUUGGGAUGGUGUUUUCCUGCCUUACAUUCUUCAAUUAUCAUGUAGGAAGGUUCACAGCUUCCCUUGCAGCUGGUACUCUGGAAGUCUUAUCAGCCAUGUUCCUUAUUAUCGGAAUGGUCGUGUACACAUCGGAAACGGCUCAUGACGUCCUGAACAGCUCCUUCAACUUCGAGUGGUCCUUCUUCCUCUGCUGGACCGCGGGCUUGCUAACCAUUGUUGCAGCAACGUCUCACAUCCUGGCGCACCAAGCAACACCACGAGCCGAAUAUGAAUCCAUGUGAGCAGGAGACGUCGUC